CGCUACCAUGGCUUCUCGUGGGGUCGUUGGCCUUUUCCUCCUCUCUGCUCUCCCCUUCUUGUGUCUGGAGCUCCGGCGUGGGAUCCCCGAUCUAGGAGUUAAAGAUCUAAUUCUGCUGUGUGGUCGGAUUCUCUUACUGCUUGCCCUUCUUACUUUAAUGAUUUCUGUGACUACCUCAUGGCUUAAUUCAUUUAAAUCGUCCCAAGUGUAUCUGAAAGAAGAAGAAGAGAAGAAUGAGAAAAGGCAAAAACUUGUCAGAAAAAAACAACAAGAGGCACAGAGUGAAAAGGCCAGCAGAUACAUAGAGAACGUUCUAAAACCUCACCAGGAAAUGAAGUUGAGAAAACUGGAAGAACGCUUUUAUCAGAUGAUGGGUGAAACCUGGAAGUUGAGCAAUGGUCAUAAACUUGGGGGUGACGAGGAUUUGGCGCUUGAAAAUGAGAGUCAGACAUCUUUUAAAACAUCAAACAGAGAAGCAGCAAAGAGACGAAACUUGCCUAAGCCUUUAAGCAAAAUUUCACCAUCUGCUGAGCAGCCCACGCAGAAGGAGGUUCUUAGUCUCCCUGAAGAACCUCCUGAAACAGCUGAAGAAAUAGUUACUGUUGCUCUCCGAUGUCCAAGUGGGAGUGUCCUGAGGAGAAGAUUUCUUAAGUCUUGCAGUUCACGGGUCUUACUUGAUUGGAUGAUGAAAAUCGGGUACCACACAUCCCGAUACAGCCUUUCUACUUCCUUUCCCAGACGGCCUCUGGAAGUGGAGGGGGGCUGGUCACUGCAAGACACAGGAAUAACUGUGGAUACCGUACUCAUUGUGGAAGAGAAAGAGCAGAGCAACUAAUUAAGAAAUGAGAACUACCUGUUCUCCAUAAAAUCAGUGAUGCCAUGACCUUACAGAACAAUAAAGGAUUCAAUGAAAAUUACGCCAUUCCUUGACCGAGCUCAAGGAGGUAAACACUUGAAUGUUGAUAUCCUUGGGAACAUAUGGACAUAAAGGAUUAGAAAAGGAUUGCUCUCUGCAUAUAAUAGUUUUUGGAAUGUGCUGUCUUAUAAUGUCCCAAAUGAAAACUAGAUAAAAAUGUAUACAGUAAGGCACUCAAUGGUUUGUAUUUUUCCUGGCUGACAUCAUUUAUCACUAUGUUGAAAAACAAAGUCAUACAACUCUAUUUUCUGCCUCUGCAGUCCACCUUGCCACACUGAACAUUUCACAGUUCAAAUUCUCUAAAAUCUUUUAAGUAGGAAUGUUUGUUCUGCUUCUAGAAAUUAAACUUUAAAGACAUUUCAAAGGUCUUUAAUGCUUUAAACUUCUUUUUGAUAUCUGAUAAAGGGUUAGUAUCCAAAAUGUGUAAAGAACUUAUAAAACUCAACACCCAAAAAACAAA